AAAUUUAAAAAAUGGAUAUGUAAAUAAAUAUAUUCAAAAAAAUAUAAAUAAAUAAACUGAAAAAAAAUAUAAUACAAUACUAACAUGUCAGAAGAUAAAAAAAGUAUCAAAAAGAUUACGAUUUUUGUAAAAAAACAAAAUGAAAAAAAAACUAUCAGUAUUGAUGAAAAUGCCACUAUCACAGACCUUAAAAAUAUAGUUGCUAAAGAAUUUAAUGCUCAACCAUGUCAUUUAAGUUUAAUAUUUGCUGGUAAAAUAAUGGAAGAUCACGAAACACUUGGUACACAUAAUGUCAAGGAUAAUUUUACUAUUUUUUUAGUUAUAAAAGUACCACAGACAGCUAACAAGUCACAAACAAAAAAUAGCCAAAUGACUGAAACAUCAUCUGGUUCUCAUGCUUCAACUAGUAAGCAAGAUAACUUUUUAACAAACGUGGUCGAUUCAGAGCUAUCAAACAAACAGCAAAGACCAGAAUCACAAUUCCAAACAGAAGCCAUGAACAAUUUCUUUGAAAACAUGCUGAUGCAAAGUUUCAUGGAUAAUCUUGUUGGUAAUCCAGAAUUUGUUCGCACACUUGCAUCUUCAAAUCCUCAAAUUCAAGAACUCAUGAAACGUAAUCCAGAAUUAAGUCAUGUGUUUAAUGAUCCUCAAUUACUGAGACAAUCUUUAGAAUUAUCAAGAAAUCCAGCAAUACGUCAAGAACUGAUGCGAACACAAGAUCGUGCUUUGUCAAAUCUCGAAAGUAUUCCCGGUGGCUACAAUGCUUUACAACGUAUUUAUCGUGAUGUCUUGAAGCCAAUAUCCGAGGCAACAGAAAACGAACGAAAUCCAUUUUCAACAUUGCGAGAAAAUAAUAAUAAUAAUACAAAUGGUACACCAACAAAUCCACAACAAGGACAAGUAAAUCGUAAUCCUUUACCAAAUCCUUGGAAUCCAGAUGAAUUUUGGAUUACAAGUGAAAGUUCAAUCGGACUAGCUGAAGAACAAAUUGAACAAAUAUUACCAAUAAUUGCUCAAAGACAAUCAGUACCAUUUUUACAUGAAGCUGAUGAAUUUUUUGAAAUGAUAAAAUUUGUACAAGAACGUGAAUCAUUGCUUACAAUAAGUGAACAAAAUUCAACAGAGGUACAACCUCCAGAAGAAUGCUACAAAAAUCAACUUGAAGAAUUAACAACAAUGGGCUUUAUAAAUUAUGAUGACAAUUUACAAGCACUUAUUGAAACUUUUGGUGAUAUUGAAGCAGCUAUUGAAAUACUUUUCAAGAAAUCUCAGUGACACAAGAACUAUCCAAGACUCAUUAAAACAAAAUUAUAAACGACAGUAGCAAAUGGAUCACUUAAAAACACGAUAAUUUAAGAUGAUAAUACAAAACUCAAGUAAUAUUUCACUUAAAACAGCGACGAAGAGUAUUUUAAAUACAUUUUUUUUUUUCAUUUUAAUAUUUUUAAUUUAGCAAAUGAUUUUAAUUUUUAAUUAGUUUAUAACAAAUGCUUCGAGUGUUAAAUAAAUGUGUAAACAUUAAGCAAUAAAAUUAUAAUAAUUAUGAAAAAAUACAUACGUGAAAUUAGAAUGAAUAAGACCAGGCUUUGAACAGCAAAUGAAUGUCAUCAUUAGGCAUUGUAUUCAGCAAAAUACUAAAACACAUAAAUAAAUAUUUUACUCAAGCUGUUGAUUGUUUUUAGACAAACAAAAAUAUAAAUGAAUAAAACAAGGAUAAUGUUGCGGACAUGUAUUUUAUCACCUGGUACAAACACAAACAAAAGUGCUUAUACAAACUGUAAAUACUUCAACGUAAAAUCACAAGAAAUUAAUGAUAAUUAUUUAAUUCAAAAAGUUAGGAUUAUAAUUUAAAUAAAUAUGAAAAAAUAAUUAAUAUGUACAUACGUGAAAAUUAAUAAAUUAGACACAUGACGUUCAUCAACAAUAACAACAACAAA